AUGAUGGAGGGUUUUACUUUUAUGGAUGGUGGUGGUGAAAAUGGUGUUGAGAAGGAAGAUGAGAGGCUUGGUGAUCAUAUAAUUGAGGAAAUGGAAUCUAUUUUUCUUGAUAUUGAUGAAAUUGAUGAAAGGUUGAUUAUCUCUAGGAUGGUGAGUGACUCUGUUAUUAAGGGUAUGGUUAAUGCUGUUGAGGAACAGGCAGCUGAGAGAGUUGCUCAGAAAGAAUCCGAGGUGGUUGGAUUGAAGGAAAAGCUAAGUAGUUUAGGUGUUGGUUUGGGUGAAGGUAAAAUGCUGUCGUAUUCGCCCCGUCAAGGUGUUAGACAACAUUGUUUAGAUGGUGUUAUGGACAAGAAUGGAGCUACGGAGCCUGUGGAUAGUGUUAAGUUUGAGUUACUCGAGCAGUUGGAUAAGCUGAAGGAAGAAAUAAAUAAAAUUAGAGGAUCUAGUUCCUUAAGAAGAUUUAGUUCUGGUUCCGAUUUGGUGGGUUUAGGUGGUAUUUUGCAGGAGAAUGUGCCCGGAAGAUGGAUUUAUGUCGAUGAAGCUUUUGAUAGUCUGAAAGGUACUAUGGAUCAGCUAUCAAAGGGAAUAACACAUUCUGAGUGGCGGGAGGAGCAAGAGUUUCAGUUGGAAAUUGAGCGGAUGGUGAUCCACAAUUGUAUUCAGAGUUUGCACCUAGAGUUUGAACUAAAACUAUGUGGCAUUUGUGAAUCUGAAAGUAGGAAUAGUUUUAACCAGUUUAACGAGAUCUCAACUCUGCGUCAGGAUUUGGAUUCAAUUUUUAGAACACUAGCAGUUUACGAAACUGGGACGCUUAUUUCUCAUGGAUCCUUGGAGCAUACCGAGGAUUGGUGUCAUAAUAAGAGGGCAGAGCAUAUGCACUUGAAGCUUUCAACAGAUCAUUUGCCGGCUUCAACUGUGGAAGAAAACGGGAAACACGAGGAUUCAAAGAGUACCAAGCCUGACAAUUUGGAUUCUGCGUUGCUAAAGAACAUGUCUAAAGAUGAUUUGAUUACUUAUAUAACUAAGAUGAGAAGAAACCAUGAAUCUCAAGUGCAAGAGAAGACUGAAGAAAACUUUUGUCUUAGGCGGGAACUAUUGAAUUUGAAAGAAAGAGGUUCUUCCUUUUCAUUGAAGAAGGACAAGGACUUUGAUUUGUUGAAGAAAAAAAUCCCCGAUGUCGUCACAAAAUUGAAUGAAAUCCUUGAUGGAAAUGAGAAAUUGCGUCAAUUCAGUGAAAACAUCGAAUCUCUUAACAAUUUCAAAGAUAGAUUGGAUUUCUUACAAACUGAGAAUCAUCAACUGAAGGACAUGCUAACCGAGAAGAAGAAGGAAGUUAAGAGUCUCUCUUCUCAGCUUUCUGUCGCUAUGGAAAAGUCAUCACAACAACAGCUGACUAAGAAAAGUUUGUUACGAAGUGUUCAAAAGCUUGAGGAUGAUGUUGGGGAUGCACAUGCUGAAGUUUCAAUUGUUCAAGAUGUAUAUAAAUGUCUCUUUGAAGAUAUGGAAAGUAAAUGUAGAUUUAUUACUGAAGAAUUGUAUCUCAAGUAUGGUUUCAUGCAAGAAACAUAUGAAGUGAUAUUGAAAGAUACUGUUGAUAGUGUUCAAGCUUCUUAUGGAUUGAAAAUAGAAGAAGCAAAUAUCGAGUCAGUUAUGUUGCAAGAGCUGCUGGAUAUUCAUCAAAUUAUAUUCAAAGAAGCUUUGGUAGAUGCGGAUGAAGCAUUAAAACUCAAAGCUGCCGAGAACAAAAAACUAAUAUCUGAAAUACAUAUGUUGAAAUCAGAAGUGGAAGAAAAGGAAAAUUUAAUAAAAGAAGCAACAGAUGCUUUGGAACAAGAAAAAAGAAAGAUGGAAUCUGCCUCUGAACAGCUCGACAAUUUAAGAGCUAAGGCAGAUAAUCAAUAUAAAUUGAUUGGGGAGAACAGCAAAGAGUUGGAUGUUACUAAGGGUAAUCUGGUUGCAGCAGAAAAGGAAAUUGAAAAAUACAAAAAGCAAAUCUACGAGUUAGAUCAGAAUCUUGAACAAAAAAUGAAUGAGCUUGGAGAAAUUGAUAUAGAAAGAAGAGAACUUUGUACUAUUGCAGAAAAGCAACAAGAUGCAAUGAAAUGUUAUGAGGCAAAAGAAAGGGAAACCACUAAGCAAAUGGAAUCAACCGUUAAUCUCGUCCAUAAAUUAUUGAAAAUGGUUACUGGUCUAGAAGCUAGUGUAAAUGAAGACAUUUCAAGAAAUUGUUCGAGGCUUGAAAGCAUGAAUUCUGAGUUCUGUUUCCUCAAGAACAAAGCCAAUGCACUUAAAACCAUGGGAUUGGUGUACAAGCAAAGGUUGGAAACAAAAAGUUCUAAUCUUGCAAAUGCUGAAGCAGAGGUUGAUCUUUUGGGAGACGAGGUAGAUACUCUUCUUAGACUCCUGGAAAGGAUUUACGUUGCACUUGACCAUUAUUCACACAUAUUGCAGCAUUAUCCUGGGAUUAUGGAGAUUCUGAAGCUUGUAAGAAAAGAAUUGACCGGAGACUCUAGAAAACUUGUUUAA